ACCACAUGUGGUGGAGCCUAUCGACUUUGAGGGUUUUGUGGCCAAGAAUAAAAUGCUUAUACAAAAUGAUCCACAAAGGGAACUACUCAUCUAUCCCAAUGAUGAUGUCUCGGAAAUCGUUAUGCCUCGCAAACAGCGCACAAAUACCAAAUCAAUCAUUGAUCGUUUCGAACCGCCCAACGAGGCUAUCAUCUGUCCGUUGCACGCUGGUACAAAUGGCACCAGUAACGGCUCAAGUAGCACUUCAAUUUCCCGCCAGAGCAGUCAUACGAAUAGUCCGAAAUUUGCACAGCGCCAAAUGAGCAGUCAAUCGAAUACAAGUCUACAAAAUGGUAAUGGUAAUCUCUCGCGAAAAAGCUCACAAAGCUCGACUACUAAAAUACAGCUGUCUAUUAAGUCACCAACUUCCUCGCAUGACUCAUACGAAUCGGCGAUUUCCACAAUGGGUUCAAUGGCUGGCGGUCAUAUAACUUCCACAUCGCAUUCGUCUUCAUCGUCGACCCUAAAGUCCAGUAUACUCGCACAACCAGAAGAGGAUGAGGAUUUGGAUGGCUCAGAUGGUGGCACGAGUAGUAUUGGAAGCGGUGGUGGUGCUGGUGGCACACGCGCCGAAUGUACACGCUUUACACGUCAAGCGUUGUAUACAUAUCGCGCCAAGAAUCAUCUUAUACAUUACAAAUAUAGCGCCUAUGGUGGGACAUGCCAUGAUUUGCCCAGAAUAAAUCCACCCGAAGCGCUGAUCGAGGAGGUGUACGAAAUUGAUGCCGAUCAGGAUCGCAUUGACGAACAAAUGACACGAUCUCAAGCCGAUACGAUAACGAAACAGGGCUACUUACUAAAGGGUCCCGACUCAGGUUCGGAUCGUAUGUUUGUGAAUAUAGGGAACAAGUCAUUCAAGAGGAGGUACUGCUAUCUGCGUCAAGAGGUCGAUGGCACCUACAUUCUCGAAUUGCACAAAGAUGAGAAACAAGGCGAGGCUAAAGCCACUAUAGUCAUGGAUUUCUGCACCGAAGUUGUGCAGAACCCCAAACGCGGCCGCUUUUGCUUUGAACUCCGCAUGACUGCCGGCCAUAAGUCCUUCACGCUCGCCGCCGAAAAUGAGGAGGAGUUCAAAGACUGGCUGAGCAAAUUAUCGCUCGUGCUGCAACAGAACAAGAUCCAGGAGGACAAACGCGUCGCCUCGCUUGAACGCGCGCCACCACCUACCACCAGCACUGUUAUCUUCGGCACGCUGAAGGGACUCGAUCAAUCCAUGAAUCCUCAAUUGAUUAAGUAUGGACGAGAAACGGACAUUUCCAUUGCACAGGCGCGUCGCGAGCAUCGGCGGCGACUCUUCGCUUGCUAUCAAUCAAAUGGCAAGGCAACCGCCACCGACACUGUCGACCAAUUUCGCGAGCAAUUCGGCAAGCGCAUUUUUAUAGCCUGCAAGGGCUUGCGUUUUCGUCUACAAUGCGCUGGUGUCGACGGCUUCGAUGGCGAGAAUUUGUGUCAAGUAGAGCCAUACAUCACCAGCUUAGCGUUGUAUGAUGCGCGCGCCGGCCGCAAGCUAACCGAGUCCUUCUAUUUCAAUGUCAACGAUGAUAAUGUAAGCGAUAUGUUGCCAACAACGCCGGUGCCCAACUCUGUUGCCGCUUGUUGUGUGCCAUUGCGUCGCGCCGAUGAGAAGGAGGAUCGAACGCGCGCCCACGCUGGUGGUGGUGCUGCUGCCGCUGCUGGUGGUGGUAGCGUGCGCGUACAAAAUUCGCUGUUGGAGAAUCUAUCGGGAGAUUUGUUGCGCUGCACCAAGGAACAUUUUGCGCACUUGCGCCAAGCUAUAUUCUCAGUGACAGCGCCACAUCCGGACAUUUACUUAGUGUUGAAGGUGGAGAAGAUUUUGCAAGGUAGCAUAGUGCAGGCGGCUGAGCCGUAUUUGAAGACUGGACGCGAUCCAAAGAUCGCUUUAAAAUUGCACAAAACAGCGCGCAACUAUGCGCAAAAUAUUGGACACUAUCGUCAGCCGUUCGCUUGGGCGGCUAAGCCACUCUUUCGGCUGUACAGAAAUGAAUUGGAUACGGAGAACGAUACGUUCGAACUGACGACCAUCUAUAGGCAGGAAGCGAAUAAGCUGAAGGAUGAAGAGCUGCUGAAACUAUUGGCGGAAUAUCGAAAGCCAGAUAAGCUGAGCAAACUAACGAUUAUACCGGGUUAUAUGAGGCUAACUGUCGAGGAAGUGGAGAAGGUGCCAGGUUCCUUUACUAAGUCUUUAGUGCCGCUAGCUAACUUCACAUUUCCACCCAAACCGCCCACGCUCGAAUUGACCGAAUUCCAAAGCAAUAGCACGCGCGACACAUACCCAUACAUAACAUUCUGCAAUCAUUUAUUUGUCUAUCCGCAGUAUUUGCAAUUCGAUAGUCAGAAAUUAUUUUCGCGCGCACGCAACAUAACCGCUGUCGUGGAGUUGCGCGACUCAGAUGAAGAGGGUAGCAAACCGUUGAAGUGCAUUUACGGUCGACCUGGUCAUGAUUUCCUAGUCUCGCAAAUCGCUUGCCCUGUGCUGCAUCACAACACCACACCUGCAUGGUAUGAGGAAGUGAAAAUGCGUUUGCCAUUGGGUCUCUUCUCCGAGCACCAUUUGCUCUUCUCCUUCUAUCAUGUAUCGUGUAAUUUGGGCAAAAAACGUGAUGCCAAUGCCGCCUUCGAAACGCCCAUAGGAUAUGCUUGGCUGCCGUUGUUGCAGAAGGGUCGCAUCAAUUUGGAGGAGCAGGUCAUUGCGGUAGCGGCUACGCUGCCGGCGGGCUAUUUGUCGAUACAGCCUUUGGGGCUGGGCAAAGGGCAGAAUUGCGGUCCUGACAUACAAUGGAUCGACAAUCAGCGCCCACUUUUCAGCGUUGCCUUCCGCAUGGACUCUACUGUGCUGACAGCCGAUCAGCAUUUGCAUAAUUUUUUCGCACAUUGUGAGCGCCUGCUAGAGGGUGGAAAGACUACUGCGCUACCCGCUGAAUCGGAGACUUGCAAAAUACUUAAGGCAGCGCAUGCGAUCGACAUCAGCACGCUGAUAAAUUUUCUACCGACCGUGUUGAAUGAACUCUUCACGCUACUCGUACACACACAAUCCGAGGAGAUCGGCUUGAAUAUCAUACGUCUACUCAUCAAUAUGAUACACAUGCUGAUCGAGGAGGCCGGACGCAAGGAGCUACUCAGCGCCUAUGUUAAGUAUGUCUUUCAUGCGCCCUACUACAGCCAGAAGACGCCGCGCACGGUACACGGCGAAUUGUGCAAGCAUUUGCCGACAAUUUUGCAUCCGAACAACACCGAUUUUCUGAUCGUCAACAAAUUCAUGCAUUACUCUGGUAUUUUCUUCGAUUUGAUCAUCAAGAGCAUGGCGCAACACCUGUUAGAUACCGGCCGCAUACGUAUGCUGCGCAAUGAGCGCUUUCCUAAGGAGUACCCCGCGCGCGUGGAGAGUUUGAUCAAAGUGCUGACGCCCUAUCUGAUUUCGCGCUACAAGGAUCUGCCCGUCGAGACGCAGCAAUUGAAUAGAUCGUUAUCGCAAUUUGUGCGACGCUGCCUCAGUUACAUGGACCGCGGUUUCGUCUUCAAGCUAAUCAAGAAUUACAUGGAGCAAUUUGAGCUGGGCGAUCAGCGUACGCUGCAAGAGUUUAAAUUCGACUUUCUAGCCGAGAUUUGUCAGCACGAACAUUAUGUGCCACUAAAUUUGCCAUUCGUACUGAAUCCGAAGAAUCGUCCACCAGAAAUGAUGCUCCAUUUUACGCUCUCUCAGGAAUUCUGUAGGCAACACUUUCUUGCCGGUCUGCUGUUGCAGCAGCUGAAGCACAGCCUGAACGAGCCGACCUCUGUGCGACGUCACUCACUGCGUAUAUUUAAGAAUUUGCUUGCCAAGCAUGAACUCGACGACCGUUACCAGAAUCGUGGACAACUGUCGCGCAUCGCGCUGCUCUAUGUGCCCUGGCUGGGCAUUGUUAUGGAUAACGCGCAUCGCAUCGAUGAUCUCACGGGUGUGGCGACGCCCAAUGGGCACGUAUACGCCGACUCAGCCUCGUACACCCAGCGGUUAUCGUGCUCCAGCAGUUAUGUGUUUGGCAAGGACACCGUUUUGGCUUCGUCAACGUCGACGCCGCGCUCGAAAAACCGCAUGACUCUCCACAUCGAACAUCCCAGUCCGCUGCGCGCCUCCGUGUACGUCAGGGAUGCGCCACACGCUGCCGGCACUGCGCCACUGGCCAAUGGCAAUUCGGAGAGCUCACUGAACACGCUCAAUUCAGAUUCGCAAAACUCGCAAGACACGCCCACUUUGGGCGCUGUCACUAAUGGUCAUCACGUCACGGACCUCUCCGAGGUUGCCAUGCGUAACGGCCACAAUCGCUCCAUUAAUGUUAUGCACGGUUUGAAUAGCCUGCCGCGCUGUGACAAAUUCAACAUGGCGGAGAGUAAGGAUCUACUGCUCGGUUUCCUAUUUGUUGUCAAGCAUUUGGCGCAAGAUCAGAUGAUAGGCUGGUGGCAGAACUGCACCGAAACGGAGACACUCGCCUAUCUUAGCGUGCUCGACCUCUGCUUGGUGCAAUUUCGCUACGUUGGCAAGAAGCAUAUCAGCUUGGCUGAUGAUGGCAAGGAAGCGCGUUCGGCGCGCACGGCCAAGGCUAGUACAUUACCCGCGCGCAUGCAGCCACCGAGUGUGGAGCAAGCGUCUAACGGCAAUGGUACCACACAUGAGUCUGGCACGCUGACGCUUACGCAAAAUCGCGAAAGCCUCGUUGAGGAAACGGCGCGCAGUCAGCAGGCGCUAUAUGAGUCCAAUCUGGCAACGGAAAUCGGCAUGAUCAUAUUGGAUAGCCUCGGCUUGUAUGCGGUACACUUUCGCGAUAAGCUGUGCGAUAGCCUCGUACUGCCACAACUGGCGCGUGUCUAUCUGCGCUUCCUGCAGCUCGGCCAGUCGGAAAGGCUCUCAAAGCAUGUAUUUGCCGCCUUGCGCGCCUUCAUUAACAAUUUCUCACCCGCACUCUUCAAAGGCAAUGCCACGCUGUGCGGUCAAAUGGUUUACGAACUGUUGAAGGGUUGCGACAGUCGCCUCGUCGCCAUACGGCACGAGUCCUGCGCCGUGCUCUAUCUGCUGAUGCGCAGCAACUUUGAAUACACUGGCCGCAAGGGUUUGACACGUGUUCACCUACAAGUAAUCAUAUCCGUCUCGCAAAUGAUAGGCAAUGUGAUUGGGUUGAAUAAUGCCCGCUUUCAGGAGAGUCUAUCGAUGAUCAACAGCUAUGCCAAUAGCGACAAAGCAAUGAAAGGCACUGGCUUUCCGGUGGAGGUGAAAGAUCUGACGCGUCGCGUGCGCACCGUGCUCAUGGCUACCGCUCAAAUGCAGGCACAUCACAUGGAUCCCGAACGCCUACUCGAGCUGCAGUAUUCGCUGGCGAACUCGUAUGCUUCGACGCCAGAACUGCGCCACACCUGGCUCAUUACAAUGGCGCGUAAUCACGAGCAGAAUGGCAACAUAUCGGAGGCGGCGUGCUGCCAUAUGCACAUAGCGGCGCUAAUGUCGGAGUAUUUGCGCCUACGCGGCGGCUGCAACAUCAACUGGGGCGCUUCGGCAUUCACUAAAAUAUCACGUAAUAUACCACGCGAUGAGCAGGGCUUGAAGUUGGAUGCUGGCGCACAAGAUUCACAGUACACCGAGCAGAUGCUGUUGGAUCAGCUAAAGCAAUGCGCUGAUUUUCUCGAUCGCGGCGAACGUUUCGAGUGCUUGGGUGAUCUUUAUAAACUCAUAUUGCCGAUGUAUGAGCGCAAUCGGUCGUACAUUGAGCUGGCACAGUCGUAUGAGCAUCUAAUGCAGGCUUACAAUAAAAUCGUUGAGGUGAAUCGUUCGGGCAAACGCAUGCUGGGACGCUUCUAUCGCGUCGUGUUCUUCGGCAUGGUAUACUAUGAAGAUGAUCAUGCGGUUGAAUUUGUUUACAAGGAGCCAAAACUAACCUCACUCAGCGAGAUAUCCGAGCGUCUAUCAAAACAAUAUAAAGAAAAGUUCGGCGCCGAUGUGGUCAAGAUGAUAAUGGACUCAUCACCGGUGGAUCCCAACUCACUUGAUCCCAAAUUGGCCUACAUUCAAGUGACACAUGUCAUACCAUUUUUCAGCAAAGAGGAGCUAGAUCAGCGCCUAAAUGAAUUCGAACAAAAUCAUGAUGUUGACACAUUUAUGUACGAAACACCCUUUACAAAAUCUGGUACAGCGCGUGGCAGCGUGGAGGAGCAAUGGAAACGCAAAACGGUCAUUAAAACCGCCUACUCAUUCCCGUACGUACUCAAACGUAUACCAGUGAAAUCACGCGAAAUCAUCGAACUCAGUCCAAUUGAAGUGGCAAUCGAUGAAAUGCAAACCAAGGUUUCUGAGCUGGAAGAGGUUAUACUACCGCCAGCUGAUGUGAAGAAACUACAACUGCGACUGCAAGGCAGCGUAGCAGUUACCGUAAAUGCCGGACCACUUGCCUAUGCGCAAGCGUUUUUGGAUCCCAAAAUAGUGUGUAAUUUCUCAAUUGAUCGUGUUGAGGAUUUGAAGGAUAUUUUCAGAGACUUCGUUAAAGUUUGCAAUACGGCACUCCAGUUAAAUGCGCGCAUGAUUAGCAGCGAUCAGGCGGAAUAUCACACGGCACUCACCGAAAACUAUCGCAAACUUUGUCAGGCGCUCAGCGAGCUACUUGGUGAGCCGUUUCAGCCUUUGGAUGACAGUGUCACAAGCGGACAACGCAAUAGCAUGGCUUUGUUUAAUGCAAUCAGUGGCGCUUCGCAAAAUUCAAGUACUGCCUAAAAACGAAAAAACUAAUUACAAAGCAAGCAAAGAAUAAACUAAACAACGCACUCAUCCUAACACGCACAUACACACACACACACACGCACACACACACACACGCUCUGACAAAAAACACACUCAAUUUAAAUGAUGCGAAUUAGUAAACUAUAGAACAAAAAAGCAUAGCUACUUGACUAGAUUUUCGAUUUGAUUUUAAAUGACUAACUAUUAACCAAAGAAACGAAAGAAAAAAAAAAAAAACUAAAAAAAAAUUAAAAUUAUGUGGGUUGUAUAUGCGGCGAAAUGCUUAUGCGUGGUUUAUAAAAAAAAAACACACAUUUGUUUAAGUGGUGGGUGACUCUGGCUGGCUGGCAUUUUUCAGACUUUACCCUCUUACCACUGGUGAUUGAUUGAUUGAUUGGAUUUAUGAGGCGUUUAACAGAAUACUUUGAUGCGCUAGUACUUACACUGUGGGUUUCGGGAACCGCUUUUAAUGGUUUUGGUUAUGCAGUGUAUUAAGUAAUAAUCACAACAACACAGCCACAUAAAAAAAAAAAAAACAAAAAAUUUUCGAAUACACCUUCAUCCAUGCAACUAGUAGACGAAAAAGUCGUAUUAAUUGGUAAUAAUUUGAAUAGACAAGAAAAAAACAAGAAAAUUACGCACAUAUUAAUUGGAUACAUACCACAAUAGUCAGCUUAACAACAACAACAACAAC